UGCGUGGAAGAGGCCCUGUGACGUCCCCCUGAAUGUUCCUGAGGAAGAAACUGCGGAGCAAUGAGCUGAGAAGAAAAACCGAAUAAUAGCUAGAUCCUGGGCCAGGAUGACUUCUGAGGAAAUGGCCGUUUCUGUUGUUGGGCCUGCAGCCCAGGGGAAAGCGAUCUCUUUUCUGCCAGCUGCCGAGGAAAAUAGCAAGCGUGCCUCUGAACCCGGCGUUAUAAAAAGUCACAGUGCUCCUCCAAGCAAGCGGACUAAGGGGGUGGCCUCGUGCUUAAGCAGACAUCGAAAGGAACACCUAGAGGACUCGCUCCCUAAGAUUUUCUCCAUGGAAAGUGAAGACGGGACCCGAGAUUCCUCCACUAGGAAAGAGGAAAGGAUGCCGGGUUCCGUGGGAUAUCUGAACAUAAACUACAACGUUCUACAGACAAACCGCCCGAGCAGCGUUCCCCCGAGGAGCAGGAUCUGCGAAUCGUGUGAUUCUUUAGCUGAAGAAAAUCCGCGAUUGGAGACUGGAAUUGCGACUUCGCUGGAAAGAAAUCUCUUGACUGGACUUCAACUGAGAGUGGAUGGGCCUUCUGUAGAAAUGAAUCCUUUAGGAGUCCGGUCAGCUCUGCAACAGUCUGGCAGCGACGAUACUGAUGACCUGGCAGUAUUUCAUUUCCAUUACACCGUAGAGAGAACGAUAUCCAAGUCUUUGUGCGCUCUGCACGGUAACUUCAUUUUCGAUGGCUGUGGCAGUUGUGUAGCAUCGCCAGACGCGGUGGAUGAACGCAACUCAAAUGCUUUGGCCAAUAAAUGUGGUAGUGCAAAUGGAAAGCCGGGGUGUGAGAACUGUCAGUGCUUAGAUGAUCAAUAUUUUUGCUUAAAAAGAACUUCUAAAAAGGCAGACAUGGUUUGUUCAGGUAAUUUUUCCGGGAAAAUGUCCUCCAAGGUCUUUGUGAGCCAUUUGGAUGAUUGUAAUGAGGCUUGCGAAGAAGAGAUAGAGGAAGACUUUUGUAAGAACAAAAAGGAACGGUCCACCUUACUGAUUCGAAGAUUCUGCAAAAACGAUAGGGAAGUUAAGAAAUCCGUGCAUACCGGAACAAGAGCGAUCGUGAGGACCUUGCCUUCGGGGCACGUAGGAGCCGAAGCUUGGAUUUACGUUAAUAAAAAGAGAAACAGAUCGUUAAAGCACUGUGGGAUUACAACAGAGCAUCCGACGGAAGUGCACAUCAGACAAGAUUUGAACUUCUGCCAGGCAAAAUCCCAGUGGUUUCAGACCUUUCGAUACAAAGCAAGGUACGUUGAACCUUUAGCUUUUGUGCCAAAUGGUUACCCACGAAGCAGUUCUAACCAGGACUGUUAA